GUCGCGUGUCCGGGGAAUGCGGGGUUAGUAACCACAUUUAUUUAACUACGCCUUCCCCGGUCUGAGGUCCUGGUAGGCAUUACACAGGAAGAAAAGCGGUGCAGGGAAAAAGAAACGGGACGCCCUCCUUCUCCUCCUCCUCCUCUUCCUACUCCUCCUCCUCUCUAGGCGGAUAACGGUGUCCAAGAAGUUAUUCAGGACCGACGCAGACAAUAGCACGGAGACUGUGAUAUCUACCCUUGCUUUGAUACUUGUCCAUCACUCCUUAUUAAUGCUGCUCGCGUCCCUAUUGUGCCACACCAAGAGGAGAACACUCGGCUGAAAUCGUAUGAUGGAGGAUUUGGGUGAGUAAUAACGCUGUUCUCCGUUUCCACUGUUGGAAGUGCAUGUUGGGAUAUCUGUUAGGGAUCUUUGGGAAGGGGCGGUGUGCCCACACAGAGGAAAUAAGGUCUCUGUUCAGUCUGGCAGUCACAAGGGAGGAGAAGCAGCUUUCCUUUACCCGCUGGGCCAUGGCUGAGGAUGUCAUCCAGAGGGUUAUGUUAGCUUUCAAUGGAAACAAAUUAAAGCACAGUAAAGUAGUGUUAAACCUCUAAACAUGACUCCUACUUUUAUGUUCUUUCCUAUCUUCUGAUACCACAUAAUCAAAGUAAGUCUACAGACCAUAGUCCUACCUAUGUGUUCGCUUUAAUGGGCCUCACAUACACUCAAACAACUCAAUAACUGGUACCCCCUUCACAUUUCUAUGUGUCUCCCUAUCCGGCAUAUAGCGUUUGGCGCAUACUCUGUAAAUUCAAUCGAUGUUAAAUUAGAUUUCAAGGGGGGCGGCUAUACAGAGUGGGCUUUCUCUUCCAUUAAUUGAAGAGUCAGGGCGGCUGCAUGAGGUUCAACAGAGUGUAUUCCCGUUUUAAAGACGUCUGGGACUGUGCUGUCUUCUUCAACUUAGAUGGGAGAUCUCUUGUCUUUCUCUGAACAACAUGAGAAGCUGCCUCUUUGUGUUUGGAUAUAACUGUGUUGGAGAGGCCCUGAAAUAGCCCAGGGCCACACUGCUAUUUCAAAAAGCCACAAGAGUUCAAUGGAAAUAGAAAGGCCUUUCUGCCUCUGCUGCCCAUUCCCUCUCUUGGGUCCACUACAAAAAAAAAUGGUGGAUUUAUGCUUUUCAAGCCAUGCUGGAAGAAAUGGUUAGUUGUAGCUGAGCACAUCUGGGUUGGACAGCGUAAAGAGGGAAAGAGUGACUGGGUGAGUGGUCAUGUUGUAAGUUUAUGUAUCAGAUCUGGCGAGGCUUUUCGGUGAGAGAGACCACUUGUUAGAGAAGCCUUUCGCCAAGACAAACAAGUCGACAGGCAGCUCUAAAUAUGGUCAUAAUUCCCAUAGAGAGAAGUUCAGCUCCUUAUAUGUGCAGUUUAGUCUGUAAGAGUGUGUGUGUGUGUAAGAGAGACACACACUCAGCAGGGAGGAGGAUGGCCAGUAGUAUAUGUACAAGACUCUCACCACAUGGUAGUACCAGAAGUGUGAGUCAUCCAAGGCAGAGGGAACCACAGAGAUGAACCAGGGCAGUUUAUUGUUUCACUGGGAGGAAAAAAGGUUUAACUGGUACAUGUAUUUAUGAAAAAUCUAUGAUACCAGUUUACUUGGGCAGCUAGAGCCUGAAAAUGAAAGGUUUUAAGUCUACUAAGUGUCUACAUUCAAAGUAAGAAUAACAAAAUGAACUGAAAUGUUGUCUUCACGCCACCAUAAAGGUCUAGUUUUGAGCUCAAGCUAGUGGACAAAAAUCCCCCAAAGUGCUCGAAAAUUAAUCUAAUUUGAACAUCUGCCACUGAAGGUAAUGCGGCAUGAAUGAAAACCAUAGUGCAGCGAUUUUCUGAGUCACACAAACUACAAAACCAAAGCAAAACCAGCGUAACCGGUCUAUCUGCAGUGAUGAGGUCUUUAGCAUAAGGUUGCAGUUAUAGCUUUUAAGAGGGACAGCACCUUAUUAAAAAAGGUCUAACUACAACCAUGUGUUCUGACCUCAUCCCUGCAGGACCUGUCUGUGCUGUCCUGCCUGUUGUUGUGAUGAUAUAAGUACUAAUUUGGCUUGUGUUUGGUGAUCCCCUAUAUACUUGACUUGUGUCAUUCUUGACUAGGACCUACAGUAUAUCAAGGAUUCCCAAUCAUGGUCUCCUCGUGGCCCGGCUGGACACUAGUUCUCAAUAAACUUUCAUAAGCCGACGGCACAGGAUGCACCUCCUACUAAUCGGAAUCCAUUUGAACAAGCUGCAGCUCAAAGGUUAUUAAAAGUCAUAAAUAUAUAGUUAGACCAUUUAGUGUCUCAUAUUAGGAGAGCAAAGUGCUUACUAAAAAAAAGAGCAAACCUAAACAUCAACAGGUAACUUUAUUUAUCUUUAAAUUAUUUUCUUUUUACUCUUUAACUAUUUUAUUUAAGUAAAGAACUCUAAAGAGAGUCAAAGAUUUGCCCAUUUGGUUUAGUUUAAAUUACUUUUAGGUUUCAGGUCACUUUUGUAUGUUUUUUGUCUCUAAGGGCCUGUGUCCACUACUACAAUUUUUUGAAUAUUUUCUAUGGAGAUCAGCACAGUUAAUUUUUUCAGUGCUCAGCAUCCCAAACAGAAAAACACUCUCUUCUGUGCGGUGUUUCUAAAAAUAGUUUUAUAUUAUAUUUAAAGAUCUAGAUUAGUUUUAGGUUUCAGAUCAGUUUAUAUGUUUGCUGUCUCUUAGGGCCUGUGUCCACUAGUACCAUUUUUGCAUGUUUUCUAUGAAGACCAGCACAGUUCAGUUUUUCAGUGCUCAGCAUCCCAAGUAGAAAAACACUCUCUUCUGUGAGUUGUUUUAAAAAAAAAAAAAAGUUUAAUAUUUUGGGUAUUUUUGCCAUGAUUGGAUAGAAAGUUGAAGAAAGACAGAAAAUGUAGGGAGCAGAGUAAGCAGACUGCCAGGCCAUCAGUGCUGUUGCAGUGUUAUUCCAGCUUUCUCUAAGAAACGAUCAUUUUCCAGCCCCCCUCUUUACUUACUAUGAUUGUGACUUUAAUCACAGAGUACAGAGACAGGCAGAUGCCAUUUAGUGUCAUUGUGGAAUUUGCAGGAUCCAGUGUUUGAAGGAUAUUCUGCUUUUGUGUAUUCUUCUGUCCGCUGCCAGUCUGAAAUGUUUAGGAAGUAUGAUAGUCUGUCUCUGGAUCCAGCCUUUGAUUCUUCUAAAUUAUAUCCAGUUUAGAUCUCUUGACAAUAAAGGGACCAAAACCACUGCUACUUCUCUACAACAUAAAGUUUUGUAAUGACUCAUGUCAGCUCCCUUUUUACAAACCCCAGCUCUGCACGUACAAGGAUUUGUCAACACUAAAUGAUGUCAUUCAGCUGCGAACAUAACUCUUAAGCAAGUGUAGUUUCUCGACAGCUUCCUCUUCUGCAGAUAUCAGCUGCCACAUUCCUCCUCUGCUUCCUGUCUCUAUACUGGCAUGUCUUUGAUAUGAAUGCUGAAAUGUUUGUGAGCUCUAAUAAUCUCAAUGUGCUGAUGGAUUAUCUCUGGGGUUGUGUCACUUCUGACUGGUCUAUCCUCUGACUGAUGAGUGUACGAGGAUGUUUACUGUCCUCUGUGUAGUGUCUGAUGUGUGGGCUGAUUUUACUGCUGCUGCUGUAUUGGUCACAUAUGGCCUCUCUGUCUUUCUUUAGGAGAGCCUGAGCCACCUAAUUACCCUCUCAGUCCUCGUAUUGUUGUGUUUGGUACGUAACUGUCUGUGCAUGUGUUGUCAAUGUGCAAGUACGUCAUUUUAUCUUCCAUCUGCUCAUUUUUUGUCUGUCUACCACUGCAUGGCCUCUCAUCCAUUCCUUAAACGCCUCAUCAAACUCAUUUAAUCACUACAACCAUGAAGCUCGACAGAGGUGUAAAUCUUUCUGUACAUCAUUUUUUUCCCGGUUACUCUCCAUCCCCGUCAUCCAGAUGCCUUGCUUGCUGAUCUGGAGAACACCGGCUCCCCUUUAGCUCGGUGUCCUGUCCUGUUGACCUCUGACCCCCCACAAAACACUGACCUUUCCACCCAAGACACCACCCAAGCCCGCCCACCGCCACCAGCCUAUACGCCUCAGCAGGUAAACAGUUCAACUGCAGGGGUGAGUUCAGACUAAUAUUCUCAUGGUAGACUCUGCUCUGAGACAUAUUCUUCGUAAAUUUAUGCAGCUUCUGUGUCAUUUCUUGCCUGGGAAGCUGAACUGAUUUUGAGUUUCUGUUGUUUCUUAGACUGUUUCUGCUGCAAUGAAAUCUUCCCAGAACUCCAAUCCAGACAAACUGUACAGGUAAAUCUAAUUUUACCUCAUGAUAAAGUUAUACUAGAAAAAUCAGGGCAUUUCUUUAAACUUUGUUAAGAAUAGAUUAUUUCAGUUGGCCUGUAAGUAACAUGACAGCCUAAAACUAGUCGAAACUACAUGAAAAACAGACAAAAAGACAUUUGUUAUUUUCUCUAUUUUCCGAGAUAAGUGUGAUUUAAGCUUCUGUAACAGAAAAGGAGAAUAUUCAGCAGCAAAAUGACUCAUUUCUUGAGUGCAGCAGUCACCAGCAGUUCAUGACAAAGUGACCACUAUGACCCCAACCGCAUCAUUGGCGUCAAAAUGUUUCCUAAUCUGUUUUAUUUUUGUGUGCACCGCCCUUUUUUGUCCCCUUGUUACAGCACGGUGUGUAAACCACGCUCUCCCCGCACAGCAGAUCCUCCCCCAGCCUUCUCCUCCUCCUCGCUGUUGGGAGGAGGCCUGAGUGAACUGGACCAUCUGUUACAGGAGCUGAACGCCACCCAGUUUAACAUUACAGGUUACUGUCUAUAUGUGUGUGUAUGUACGCACUCCACGCUGAAGUUACUCUUGUCUUACAUCAUUUCAUUUUUGUAAUCAGAUGAGAUCCUGGCCCAGUUUCCUUCUUCUAAAAAGGAUGACAGGGAUAAGAUGAAGGAUAAGGCAACCACCUCCUCUUCCAGGUAGAUAUAUUGGUUCGAUCAAUCAAGAUAAUUUGACAGGAAAUAAGAAAAUAGAUUUCCAAAUGACCCUGAAUAUAUCAGAAAAGACUGAUUGCAUUUUCUUGCCAAGAGAGCUUUUUUAGAGUGAGUACACCAUAAAACCUCCAAACAUACUCUUUUAUUUAUCUGUUUUUGUUGUUGUUUUCUUUGUAGCUCUGCAAAGCCAUCAGCAACAUCAGCCACACUGGAACUGGACAAACUGAUGGCUUCUCUGUCUGACUUCAGAGUCCAGAGCACGGUAUGAGUCCACACAACCACUUUAACUGAACCUGACAGAUCUGGUCUACAGCUUUUAUCAAAUUCAAGAGUUUAGUUUGAACCACGUCUUCCCAACUGUUCCUACCACACUGGUAAAUGAAGAUGCUCUCUUGACUUCUUAUUUACCUCACUGUUACUGACCAGAGCACAAGCCUCCCUGAGAAAAACAUCAUCAUCAGACAGGACCUGAAGAUGGAAAAUUGUCUUGGUGUAGAAGUUAAAGAAGUUGUAGUCCUAUUUAGUAUGGAUUUUAACCAAGUCAGUCCACUUUUCAGCAAGCAAGUAGAGAUAAUAUGAGGAAAGGAAGUGGUCCUGUCGUUUUGUUUGGUUGAAGCGUGCAGUCCAGCUGCUGGUUAUAAACAGUUGCAAGGGAGGUUCUACGAAUUGAGGCUUGAAAAGGAACAUUUGUACUUUUGUAGAGAGCGUUUGUACAUGUUGAUCCACUCAAAAAAACAUGGACUACUAUGACUUUUUGUCAUUCCUAAUCCUAAAGAGGAGCCUUUCUGUCAUUCUGUUGACAUCUCUGUGUCCAGUGAGGAAGUUUACCUCUCUGUACAUUUUUACUUCCAGGCAUUAUCAGCGUAAAUAUUCCCGAAUAUCUCCUUAUGGCACAACAAAUCAGGAAAUGCCACUGCUUUUAGAGAGCUGAGCUGCUGGGUUAAGUUGCCACAUUUAAAAUCCAGUUUGAGUGUCUACAUGAUAGGAUAGACAACGCCCAGUAUUUUAUGUAACCUACCAUCCCAUUUGUUUGUUUGUUUGAUCCAGAUUUUGGUCUGGGAAAUGUUAUGAUUUCAGUCUGUAAUGUCCAAUCACAUAUUAGCAGGCUACAGUGGACCAAAAGCAGACAGAUCAGAGCCCACAGAGAAGACAACCAGGCCUCUAUCAGCAAUAAUCCGAUUACUAUUUAUUUAUCUCUAUAUUCAGAUGACUGCAUGCCAGUGCAGAACAUUUGGAUAAAGAAUUUUAUUUACUUGAAAAAUCGGUUUGAUGUGCUUUAUUUAGCUCGUCUAGUAAACAGAAACGAUCAAUUUGACCUCCAUUCACCCAACAAUCCUUAAAAAAGUUGUUGUCUCCUUCAUUAGAUGACAGACUUGAUUUAUCUUGUACUUUUAAUUUGUCCAAAUCUGAUUCAUCAUGCUGUGAUUUUGGCAAACUUUGGGUUCAGUCAGUGGUAAAGAAAUUACCAAUAGCUAACAAAGUCAUACACUUUGUCGUUAUGACUGUGUUAGCGUACUUGUGUUAGCACAAACAUUUUUGUUUUUCUUACCCUCACAGCCAGCUGCACCUGUCACUCCAGCAGUGACAGCGCCACAGCAGCCCGCCGUCCCACCACAGCCCUCAUCUGGCGGCUCUUUAGACAGUAUGCUGGGGCUUCUUCAGUCAGACCUGAGCCGACAAGGGGUUCAAACGUCUUCAAAAGGAAACUGUUCAGCUUGUCAAAAGCCGGUGGUAGGACAGGUGGGUUAUCAGAAUGUGUCUAUGUUAACCGGUUGAAUGGACUGAGCUUAUUUCUAGUCUGUGGUACUAUGAUUCAUUUACCUGCUUUUGAUUCAUGCAGGUGGUCACGGCUCUUGGUAAGGUUUGGCACCCAGAGCACUUUGUGUGCUCUGAGUGUGAGACAGAGUUAGGCAGUCGCAACUUCUUUGAGAAAGAUGGACGGCCGUACUGUGAGUCGGACUACUUCACCCUCUUCUCCCCUCACUGUGCCCAGUGCAACAAGCCAAUUCUGAAUGUGAGAAACUUGGAUGUAUCAUCUGAUUUUGAUGUGAAAUGCUCAAAUUGAAGUAAAGGUAAAAAGUGCAUUUAACCUUAUCUCCUCUAUUUUUGUUUUUGUAGAAAAUGGUCACGGCUCUGGACAAGAACUGGCAUCCAGAGUGUUUCUGCUGUGUGAAGUGCAGCCGAGCUUUUGGAGAGGAAGGUAAUGGGCGGUGUGAACUGUAUCCUGUCUGGGUUCAAUACAAAACAGCAAACCUCAGCGAGGCAUGCCUCAGAACAUUCCUGUGAAAACAAAAGCUAGCACACAUACAUAUUUCUAUUGUUCAAUUUUUCAUAUUUAAAUAUUUGGUAUAUAAUAGUAUGAAAUCUGUUUGCAUUGUAUUCAACAUUUUGAAUGAAUCUCAAGACUCUGUAAUAUUACUUUAAAAUCUAGCUGAACCUUUAAAAGCCAUUUAACCGUUUGAUUUCAACCGUUCUUUAAAGGGGAGAUAAUUUUUGUUGUAAAGGCAGUUUUAUCCUUACAAGGCUUCGGACAAAACAUCUUAAUUUUGGCAUGGAAAUGUCCUUUUUUUUUACACAAACAAGCUCAGAAACAUAAAAGAAUGUUGGUCUCUAAGAAAUUAGAUCAGCUAAACCUCUAAUAACAAUAAAAAAGCCUGAAAGUUUGAUGUUCUGCAGACCAAAACCACAUGGAAACUGUUUAUUCUGUGAUUUUUCCCUGCAUCAUCCAGUUAAUUCAACGUUUAUCAAAGCAACUCCUGGUCUGAGUAAAACUGUGACCGUGUCUUGUGCAGGUUUCCAUGACCGUGAGGGCCAGCAGUACUGCCAGCAGUGCUUUUUGACUCUGUUUGCCUCACGCUGCCAAGGCUGCAGCCAGCCCAUCCUGGAAAACUACAUCUCAGCUCUCAACUCUCUCUGGCACCCGCAGUGCUUCGUGUGCAGGGUAAGUGUUUCCUUUAGGGUUUGAGGGCAAGGUCACUGGCAAUGUUUGUUGCAUUUGGCAACCAGACAUAAGGUGAGACGCACGUUCAGUGCUAAGGAACUGCAGAGCUAACAGUGGCAGUGCACUGCUUGCAUUUGCAUACUUUUAAAUAAAUAAGCUACUAUGCAUGUAGUUUACAAAUACUGGAAAUAACAGCUACAUGUUAUUAAAGUUACAAUCUUUAAAAAGAUUUUGAGAGAUAAUGACAAAAAUUCCAAAACUUAUGUAGCUUUUUAUGACGUCCUUUACUUUUAAUAUAAUCACAAUCCAACAAAAAACAAGAGCAAACUUCACAAAGCUGUGAAACUGAAUUGCGUUUGCACUGGAAUAUUACGGUGAUAUGUUUUGUCAGUCAGUCCUUGAUGCACCUGGGGUUGAAUGACACACAAUCCUCUGAGCUAUCCGCAGCCACAGUCCAUUCUUGGUGAAAUUACCCUGUGCUACUGCAUGCUAAACCAUAAUUUUGACUUGGUUAAUACAAUAAUGGAUACAGUGAUUUUAAGAACAGUUAAUAUUAAAGCCUAUGAUUUAAUUUCUUCAUAUAAAGAUAUCCCAAACAUAAAAGGGAAACCUUUGUAUGCAGAUGAUGCAGGCGUCACAUCACUGUCACAGGUGUUGGUCAUGGGGUGAUCACCCCUUUUCGUGCAGAAUAAUACGGUAGUUUGUUUUGCCCUGAGUUGUUUUGCUACUAGAUUUAGAAGCCUUCACCCUGCCUCCUCUCCUUUCCACACUUAAAGCAUGCAAGAACAAGGCUUUAAUACACAAGAGAGCACUUUCUAAUGCUUGUAUUCGUUUGAAGCAGUGGUGAGUACUUUAAGGAACAACUUGUCACGACUUGUUAUCAUACAUUUAACUUGAGUUAAGCCCUAUGCUCCUCUAGGGAGCAUAGUUCAUUAACAGAUGUCUUCUAUUUCACUUGGUUGUUGGCAGCAUUUACGUCAGCUCCCCAUUUUAGCCCACUCCUAGACAUUACUACCUUGAUACCUCUUCCUUUUAGCGACUUCUUGUCCCUGUUCCCUGUGGCUUCUAUUUCACAGCUUGUUGGAUGAUUUUUGUGGCAGGUUUUCUGAGGAUAUGUCCAAUUUAACUGAAUAUAAACCCUCUUAAGGGCUACAAGAUUACAGUCCAAGAUAGUGUUGUAUACACUGAUAAAUCUACCACCGAUCCAUGAAUCACACAGUCCAAACUGUGAAGAGGGGUCUGAAUGGAUUACAGACCAACUGUGACAGAGUUUGGUUGCUGGCUUGUUAAAAAAUGUGUUUUAGAUGUUCAGUCACAUUUUUUAAAUCCUUUUACAGCACUUCAAAUAGGUCAUGGGACGAUUCUGGGAAAAACAGACAGAUAUUUGAUUCAUAUGAUUUCUAGAGCAAAGUACCCAACGAACAGCUACACUGCUGUGAUGUUACUCAUUACACACAGAUGAGACUGGGGUUGGGGUGUGUAAUUUUUUAACUUUGUGAGUAUGAGCAGCUUGAAAUAAACAGUUUUCUUACUGAAACUCCUCCUUUAAACCAAACACUAAAAAUAAGUUGGAUUAUGUCAUGAGAAACUUUUCAUUUCACAUGUCAAAUUAGUAAUUACAGCUCCCGAAGCCAGUGCUCACUGUGUCUCUGUUUCUCUUUCUCUCUUCAGGAGUGCUACAGCCCCUUUGUCAACGGUAGCUUCUUUGAACACGAGGGAAAGCCGCUGUGUGAGGCCCACUACCACCAGUCCCGUGGCAGCAUGUGUCAGGCCUGCCAGCAGCCCAUCCUGGGACGCUGUGUCACUGCCAUGGGGGCCAAGUUCCACCCUCACCACCUGGUGUGUCACUUCUGCCAGAAGCCACUGAGCAAAGGCUGCUUCAAGGAGCAGGAGAACAAGCCGUACUGCCACCCCUGCUUCGUCAAACUCUGCGGUUAAAGACACAGAAGGCCUCUUCUGUGAAGAAGACGCUGUAUGAGUUUGAGUUCUCAUUCUCUUAUUUUUUUUUUUUACUGCAGAAGUGAGGGUGGAGCUGGUCUCUUUCUUGGCUUUAAGAAUAUUAGAGUUGAAUUAAGAGAACCAUCCAACCUGAUUACUUUUUUUCUUUUACAAAAAACAAACGAAAAACAAAAACAGACUGCAUCAGGACCAAGCAUUGCCUAGACAGAUACCAAAAGAUACCAAAUGUUUUUUGUCAUGUAUGUAAAUGUAUGUAAGUCUUUUACAUACUGUAUUGAUUCAAAUUGAAUAUGUAAAAAAAUAUUUUACCAAAGAUUGAAAAGAAACAGUAUGUUGAGAGAUAGUGUACUGUUUCAGGAAAUCCCCUUUAAUAUAUUUGCUUUGAAUGGUAAACAGUAAAAGUGCCAAUGCAAAUGCAUUUAUAUAUUGUAUGCUGCCUGCCAUGUAGUGUAUGUUUUGCUGUAGCAAACUAAGCUGUUUAAUGUUUAAUGUCGGAUAUUGUGCAUUAUUCUCUCACAUCUGCUCUAUGCAAAUUGCCAAAGACAUUUUCAAAGUGAAAAAUAAAGGACGACACAGAUUGUU